UUUUCAAUUCACCUUGGGUGUUUGUGUGUGGGGACUGAACUAAAUGCUUGUCCCUGGUAGUCUACAGAGGGCUAGGCUACGGCGCAGACUCAAGACAACACAUUCCUUCGACGCUUCACUUUCUCAGUUGACGCGACGGCGACACGGCGACGGUUUCUGACGUGAAGCAAGGAUACAUUAGCAGCUUUGGUCUAGAUAAUAUCUUCUUCGCAUGACUGCGACCCGACACAGACCAACUAUUUGCAACGCUGCAAAGUGCGCAUUUGCUGUCACAUUCGGACGGAUCAUAACGUCAGAACGGUGCAUUACAAACCCCCGGGGUUGGUGUGCGGUGCGUCCCAAAAAAACAAGAGGACGACAUGUACAGGCCUAAUCUUUGAACGUCUCAGGCAUAUCCGUUACCGAGAUGAAUUUGACACUGAAUUUGAUUAAGGUUUCGGUUCUGGCAGUUUGCCACGCUCCGUUCUAAAGCACCGAAAAAGGGAAGGGCUUUCUGUCUUUACUACUAUGUUAGGUUACCGUCGCUUCCUGGUUUCUUUGCGGAUAAAUAAAUAACUAUUUACAACCAAUUACGGAAUAAAAACGGAUGUUAAAACUGAGAUGAUGUAUAGCAUGACCGCGAAUGGGAGCGCGUCGUGAGGUCCACCGUUUGAUUGUUUUUAAUCUGCACAUCUGUUUAUGUCCUUCUCCCGAGAGAUUUACUGACUGACUGAGUAGCCUGAAUAUUACAACAACAAAACAUCUAUCCUGAUUUGGACAUCCGGACGUCGAUGACUCUAUAGGCUAUUCCACCGGGAUCUAACCGACGCAGCCAACCGUCACCACGCAUGGGUCAGCCGGGGGCUCGGAUCCCCCGGGGCUGGAGGACUCAGGCCCGCUGCCAGGAGGAUGUCGACCCGGAGAGGGAGAAGCAAUGGGUGGAACUGUUCGACGAACUGGACUUGAACAGUGAUGGAGUCAUCGAUAUCCACGAGCUCCGGGUGGGGUUGGCGAAACGUGGGCUCUCCCGCCGCGCGGUGGACCGGCAGAUUGUCAAGGAGGGGGACAGCAACAAUGAUGGAGAGUUGGACUUCCAGGAGUUCAGGCAGUACCUCCGCUCCCACGAGGAAGAGCUCCGACUCAUGUUCCGCAGCCUGGACCGCAACAAUGACGGUGAGAUAGAUGUAUCAGAGAUUCAGCAGUCCCUUCAAACUCUGGGAAUAGCUGUGAGUCUAAAGGAGGCUGCCACGAUCAUGAAGAGUAUUGACAGGGAUGGUAACAUGACCAUAGACUGGGAUGAGUGGCGAGAUCACUUCCUGUUCAACCCCAUACACAGUCUGGAAGACAUCUCUCGCUACUGGAAACACUCUCAUAUGCUGGACAUAGGAGACAACCUGACCUGUCCUGAUGAGUUCUCCGAGCAGGAGAAGAAGUCGGGCUUUGUCUGGAGACAGCUGAUGGCUGGAGCUAUGGCAGGAUCAGUCUCCCGGACCGGCACCGCGCCACUGGACCGCCUUAAAGUCUUCCUGCAGGUGCAUGGCUCGACCCCGGGGAACCCUGCAGGGGCCCUUGGGGUGGGGAACAUGAUCAGUGGGCUGAGGGCCAUGGUGAAGGAGGGGGGGUUCAGUUCCCUGUGGAGGGGCAACGGGGUCAACGUCCUGAAGAUCGCCCCCGAGACCGCCAUCAAGUUCUGGGCCUACGAACAGAUCAAGAGGUGGAUGCGUGGCAGUAAGGAGAGGGGACCUCUGAGGGUUCAUGAGAGGUUUGUAGCUGGGUCAUUAGCAGGAGCUACCGCUCAGACAGCCAUCUACCCUAUGGAGGUCCUGAAGACUCGUCUGACCCUGGGGAAGACAGGCCAGUACACCAGUGUGUUAGACUGCGCCAGACAGAUCCUUCACAGGGAGGGCAUCAUGGCCUUCUAUAAAGGAUACGUACCCAACAUCAUAGGCAUCAUACCCUACGCUGGCAUUGACCUCGCCGUCUACGAGACUAUGAAGAAUGCGUGGCUAGCGAGGCACACAGAUUCAGCAGACCCAGGUGUUUUCGUGUUGGUGGGGUGUGGGACCAUGUCCAGUACCUGUGGUCAACUAGCCAGUUACCCUCUGGCUCUGGUCAGGACACGCAUGCAGGCACAGGCCUCUGUGAAGGGCGGCCCUCAGCUCUCCAUGCUAGGUCUGUUCCAGAACAUUGUGACCCAGGAGGGCGUGGCCGGCCUCUACCGCGGCAUCGCCCCCAACUUCCUGAAAGUCAUCCCUGCCGUCAGCAUCUCCUACGUAGUCUAUGAACACAUGAGGUGGAGAAUAGAGAAAUCUCUGGGAUAGGAUGACACCAUCUCCAUGUUGUGUGGUUGGUUGGUCCUGAAGUAGGAAGUGAUACUCCACUGGAACCUUGGAACCACCAGGACUUCUAGAACUUUUCCUAUUGGAACCAGGGUGACUUGAGAACUUUUCACAGUGAAAAGGGACCAGUAGCAAUCUACCUCCCAUGACUCAUUGUAGGUGGAAGAAGAGGAUGAGGAAGAGGAAAAGACGAGGUGUUGAAGACUUGCUUUCGAUGAUCUGAAAGGAUUGGGAUGUGCUUGUGGACACAGGAUGUAAAUAAACCUCUGCCUAUGAGAUUAUUCUAAAUUAUAAUGCUGUGAGGACAUUUUAGACAGCCGGAUGAGAAACAAACACAUUAAACCUUGUACUGUAUUUAGGGUUGCAAAAUUUCAGUAACUUUCCCCAAAUUCCCUGAUUUUCCAGAAAUCCUGGUUGGAAUUUUUCUGGAAUCAGACAGAAAUAAGCACAAAAUCCAUAAUCCUCCAACCAUGUUUUAGAAAACCUGGGAAUUUGGGGGGAAAAUACUGGAUUUUGCAACCCUACAUUGAAACUUUAGUUUUUUCUGAAUCCCAGUUACUGUGGUAAGUUUCAACAAAGAGUUUUAUCAAGAGUUUUAUCAAAGUAUGUAAAUAGUUAGAGAUGCAUGGUUUAUUCAAGUGCUAAAGCCAAUAGAACACAGCCACGCGCUGAUGUCAUCACGAUGAUGAUACGACUCAAAGGUGAUCCCCCUUUUACGUGUGUGUCAGUGUGUGUGUGUACAGCGAGUAUGUGUGAUUUUUGUCUCACACAAAGUAUUAUAAAACUCCAGAAUGCCAAAUCAA